UCUCUCUCUCGAAAAGAAAAGGAGGAAAAAGUGUCAUUAGAGGCGUGUAAACGCGUCAGUCCGAGCGCAGGUUUGAGUCCUGGAGUCUGUGAGAGGAUUCAGUCGCAAACCUGCGCGUCAGGAAUAACGCGCGUCUGUUUCUCAGGCUUUAUUCUGGACCCAGAGACUAACACACACAACACACACUCCUGCCGCCGACACGACACGAGGACGCGUCUCACCCUGCGCAUUGUUCAAGUGUUCGCUCGGGUUUGAGUCCAUGCAAACUGCCAUCUGAUCCACGUUUAUCAAUGCGGGAGCUGAUCAUGGCGGAUGGCCCCCGGUGUAAGAGGCGAAAGCAAGCCAACCCGCGGAGGAAAAACGCAGUGGUGGACUAUGAGAACGUUGUAGAGACCGGCUCGGAGACGGAAGAUGACGACAGACUCCUGGUGUCGGAGGAGGACGGCCUUCUCAACGGUGCGGGGAGUCCCGUUAGCCUCGUCAAUCAUGAGUCUGUAGCUCCGCCCUCCCCCACCCUGGAUCACACGCUACUGAGGAAGACUGUGGAUGAGGAAGAUGACAUGAAGGAUAGUGGAAUAGAGAAUGUUUGGCAUGACAGUGACUUGCUGAGCACUUCAAUCGAUGGCACUGAUGAUCUGAAGGGUGACUAUGACAGCAUGGGGCCUGAUGCCAAUUUGCCAUCAGUCGGGAACGGUUCAGUGAAGGGUGUGCAUUGCGUUCCUGAGUUCGAGGAUUUCUUCGGGAAGCGUAAACUGGUGGAAAGCGAAAGUCACGUGGUCAGUAUCGCAGAAUACCUCCAGAGGGGCGACACGGCCAUCAUCUACCCCGAAGCACCCGAGGAGCUUUCCCGAUCCCGCCUAGCCACGCCCGAAGCCAACGGACACGAGGAGAACGACCUGCCACCUGGAACUCCAGAUGCUUUUGCCCAACUGUUGACCUGCCCCUACUGCGACCGAGGCUACAAACGCUUGACUUCCCUAAAGGAGCACAUCAAGUACCGGCACGAGAAGAACGAGGAGAACUUCGCCUGCCCUCUGUGCAGCUACACGUUUGCUUACCGCACUCAGCUGGAGAGACAUAUGGCCACACACAAGCCAGGACGAGAUCAGCAUCAGAUCCUAAACCAGAGUUCUGGAAACCGCAAGUUCAAAUGCACUGAAUGUGGAAAGGCCUUCAAAUAUAAACAUCAUCUCAAGGAGCACCUGCGGAUACACAGUGGUGAGAAGCCAUAUGAAUGUCCAAACUGUAAGAAGAGAUUUUCUCACUCGGGGUCAUACAGUUCGCACAUAAGCAGUAAGAAGUGCAUCGGACUGAUCGCCAUCAACGGCAGGGUGAGGAACAACAUAAAGACGGGUUCAUCUCCGACCUCUGCGUCUUCCUCCCCCACAAACGCUGCGAUAUCACAGCUCCGACACAAACUGGAGAACGGCAAACCUCUCGGCCUGCAGGACCACUCGAACCACCUCAAUAUCAAAUCUGAACCACUGGACUUCAACGACUAUAAGCUUAUGAUGGCUUCUCACGGAUACGGUACAGGCAGCCCGUUCCUGAACGGCGGCGUGAGGGGAGGCAGCCCGCUGGGCAUUCAAAACUCCCAGAGUCCCCUUCAGCAUUUGGGUAUGGCUAUGGAAGGGCAGAUGCUGGGAUACCCGUCACUGGGAAACAACUUUAGUGAGGUGCAGAAGGUCCUGCAGAUCGUGGACAACACCGUUUGUCGACAAAAGAUGGACUAUAAGCCAGAGGAGAUCUCCAAGUUGAAGGCUUACAUGAAGGAGUUGGGUACCCACAUAGAGGAACAGAAGCAGGGGCUCACGUCACCCACUGGACCCCAGAAUACUCUUCCGCUCAUCAAUCACAACGGUGCAACCAAAAGCAUCAUAGAUUACACGCUAGAGAAAGUCAACGAAGCCAAAGCCUGCCUUCAGAGCUUGACCACAGACUCUAAAAGACAAAUUAGCAAUAUCAAGAAAGAGAAGGCAAAUCACAUGCUUGAUAUAGGUACAGAGGAGAAACCUCACGAGAAUAAUAACCUAAUGUUUACACCUUUCUCCUGUCAGUACUGCAAAGAGACUUUCCCUGGUCCCAUUCCCCUGCACCAGCAUGAGCGUUACCUUUGCAAGAUGAACGAGGAGAUCAAGGCGGUGCUUCAACCCGCUCAGAAUGCCAUGACCAACAAAAGCGGCUUGUUCGCAGAGAAACACGGCCUCUUGCACCCUUCCGUCAUCCCUGAGAAGGGCGUCAAUGGCCCCAUCAGUCCGUACAAGGACCACAUGUCAGUGCUCAAAGCUUAUUUCGCCAUGAACAUGGAGCCCAACUCAGAAGAGCUACUGAAAAUCUCCAUAGCAGUCGGCCUUCCUCAGGAGUUUGUGAAAGAGUGGUUCGAACAAAGGAAAGUCUUUCAGUACGCCAAUUCCAGGACUCCUCCGUUAGACAUGAACCUUGUGGAGCGGGGUCACGUGAUCUCCGCUCACACGCCCACUAAAGACUUUUCAGGCAUGCGGUCCCCUAUGUCCCUGGUCAAAAGUGCCGACCGAAUCACGUCCCCCUCCGUCCCCGAGCUUCAUAACAACAUCAACAACUGUGAUACCCCACUCAGGCUUUCCAAAACACCCCAUUUCUCUCACCACAAGCCACUGGGAGAGAAGCUGGACCACUCGAGAAGCAACACGCCAUCUCCUCUUAACCUGUCGUCUGCCUCCUCCAAAAACUCUCACACUAGUUCUUACACACCCAACAGUUUCACCUCUGAGGACCUGCAGGGCGAACCGCUGGACCUCUCGUUGCCAAAGCUCAUGAAGGAGCCAAAGCAUAUAUUGACUGUGAAGAGCAGACCCAAGCAUAACAGCACCCCCGUUGACCACAACCACGUCACGACGCCCCGCGAGCACGCGGACGAGCCGCUCAACUUGGCUUAUUUCUCAAAGAAGGAGUUUGGCAGCCCCAAUGCAAACAACAAUCUGGAGAAAAGCUCUAGCCCCAUGUUCGGUCUGAACCCUUUCGCUGCCAAGCCCAUGUACACCUCCCUGCCGCCCCAAAGCGCAUUUCCACCCCCUACGUUCAUGCCCCCGGUGCAAGCCAGUCUCCCGGGACUUAGACCUUACCCCAGCCUCGACCAGAUAAGCUUUUUGCCACACAUGGCCUACACAUACGCAGCGGGGGCGGCCAGCUUCGCCGAGAUGCAGCAGAGGAGAAAGUACCAUCGGAAACCAGGGUUCCAGACUGAACUUCUCGACGGGACGGCAGAUUAUCUGAGCAGUCUAGAUGAUAUGGCCGACCCCGAGGCCUGUCUGUCCAGGAAGAAGAUUAAGAAGACAGAAAGUGGUAUGUACGCGUGUGACCUUUGCGACAAAACAUUCCAGAAGAGCAGUUCCCUCCUCAGACACAAAUAUGAGCACACAGGUAAACGGCCGCACCAGUGUCAGAUCUGCAAGAAGGCCUUCAAACACAAGCACCACUUGAUCGAACACAGUCGCCUGCACUCGGGAGAAAAGCCCUACCAGUGCGACAAAUGCGGCAAACGCUUCUCGCAUUCCGGCUCGUACUCGCAGCACAUGAACCACAGAUACUCCUACUGCAAGAGAGAAGCCGAGGAGCGAGAGGCGGCGGAGCGGGAGGCGCGGGAAAAGGGACACCUGGAGCCCACGGAGCUGCUGCUGAACCGGGCGUACCUGCAGGGCAUGGCUCCGUCCGGAUACCCGGAGCACCCGGAGAGAGAGCCCAUCCUCAGAGACGGACUGAACGGGAGCAUACGAGAACGCUUGAAGGACGUGGAGGGAACGUUCGCCAAGAUGGGGCGACGGCGGGACGAGGAGUUCGAAGAGGAGGAGGAGGAGAGCGAGAACAAAAGCAUGGACACGGACGGUGACACGAUGAGGGACGACGAGGAGAACUGCGAGCAGUCCAUGGACGAGAGCUCCGUGGACGGGAAAGCCGAAUUCAAAUCGGAUCACGAGGACGUCGCGGAGGACAUCGCGGUUUAGCGAUGUUUUCGUUCAGGGGUGCGAGAAGCUGCAUUAUGCAAAAAUGAAAAAAGGAAAAUAAAUAAUGAAAUUUUAAAAAAUUGUACAGUAUUAUGGCCUAAAAAAAAUGUGUGGUGCUACCAUCUUAAAAUCCUGUGUUCCAUAGUAUUUAUAGCACAAACUAGUAACUUGUACAAUAAUUGCACUCUGCUUCUAUAAUCACUACGAAAAUAAGAAAACUAUUUGCCGAUGUAUAUUUAUUAUACAGUACAGUGUUAAAAAAGAAUCUGCAGCUCACGGGCUGUGAGCCGUCAGUAUUUAAUGCUCAGUGUUUCUGCCCUUACCACACAUAUACUGAUACACACACACACACACACACUGACACACACUUUAAGGCCUAAUUUAUGUGAAGGAACGUGACAGUAUUUGGUUUGUUUGGAUGAUAUGAAGUCUUAAAGAGACUGCUGAAGAGAGAACGAGCAAAGAAACAGGCGAGGGGUCAGAUGAAGCCUUUGUAAGGUCGUUGCCUUAUAGACAAACCUGUUAUUCAGCACGUUUCUGAAGUGCCGACCCCGUUCAGCUCGUUCUCUCUCUCUCUUGGCCAAGCAGCUCUUUAGUUUACAAUGAUGUUUGUGCAAUUUUCUUCUUCUCAGUAUUACACCAAACCAGAACCGCAUCUUUUUAUUUGUAGAUUUAAAGAACAUCUUAUUUAUGUGGCCCAUUUUUGUAUCUCCUGAUUUUAUUUAUUUCAUACUGUACAGUACAGUAUUAUAGUUCUCAAUAAAUAGAUCUAUUUUAGUAAAAUGGAACAUGAAGUUAAUGAGAGCAUUUAUUGUGUUUACCUUAAUUGUGAAAUGCAAAUGAUUUGUUUUUCUGUUCUUUUAUUUUCCAGUGACUGGAAAUUCCAAAAUUUGGAAAUUUUGAUACGAUAUUGUAAGAUCACUGUAUUUUCAACUGAACGACGUAAAAAAUUAACAUCCGCUUUGAUGUUUAAAGCGGAACGGGGACAGUUGAGUUCAAUGUAAGAUAGCGUAACGGACGAGACACGACAACCUUUCCUGAAAAUAAUAUGUCUUUGUAAGAGUAUUAUGGAUUUUUUCAUUUGUAAUUUCUCUUGGAAAUGACCAUGCUCAAAUAAAAGUAGCCAAAUUAAAGAAGUUUUUUCCAAGAA